CAAAAGACUCGAAUCCGCUCAUGUCCGGUCGUCUCCUGCUUUCUCCAGUCAUCUCCAGGCACCUUGUUACGAAAAGAUGAUGCACGGUCCGCCCCGAGCGCGCUCCUCGGAAAGAUCGAACUACGUUAAAUAAAACUGAUAUGGCCUGCUGAGAUGAAUUCUGACUUCUCGCAACCUUUCAUAUUGACUAUAGCGAAGAUUGGGCAAGAGGCGACGUUAUCGAAUCUCUCAUGACCGAUUUCGAUGCAGAGCCAAAGGAUGCCAGUCCCAUCCAACCUGAUGGGCACGAUGUCGCCCAGACUGCUGGAUCCGAGGUGAUUGACUGGUAUGGACCAUGCGACCCAGAGAACCCAUACAACUGGCCCUUGAGUCGGAAAUGGAUCAUCACCGCCGUUGCUACACUGGCUACGUUCAUCACGACCAUGAACGGAACCAUGAUCACAGUCGCCGCCGAUGCUAUCAACCAAGAAUUCAAUGUUAGCGAUGCCAACUUUCCAAACUCAUACUGGCCCGUCACCACCUGGUCUCUGGGCGGCGGUAUAUCAUGUUUAAUAAUUCUCCCACUUAUGGAGGAUUUCGGCGUACGACCAGCUUUCCUCACAACAUACAUUAUUUUCUUUCUCUUCAUUAUUCCGCAAGCCGUGGCGCAGAACUUCGCAACUUUGGUCGUCACCCGGUUCUUCGCAGGCGGCUGCGCUGCUAUCCUGUCAAACACGGCUGCCGCUUUGAUUGGGAACAUCUGGGAAGGUGAUCGCGCUCGAACGAUCCCCAUGAGUUUCUUCGUCACGACUUACCUGGCAGGAGCCAGUAUGGGACCGGUCAUUGGGGGUGUGAUUCUUCAGAAUCUUUCCUGGCGCUGGCUGUCCUACAUGCAGCUAAUCUGGCUUGCCAUAUUCUUUCCAGUCUACUUCUUCUUUUUCCAAGAAAGCAGGGGCACUGUGAUCCUGCAGCAACGGGCCCGGAAGCUGCAGAAGGCCGGUCAAGCAGUGCGAGGACCACAGGACGGACCCAAGAUGAAUCUUGCGCUGAAGAUGGCCCUGAGCACCAAGCGACCGCUGAGGAUGCUGUUCACGGAGCCAGUACUAUUUGUCUUCACCCUGUGGUCAUCAUUUAUGGUGGGUACGGUCUUCGUUUUCACGCAAUCAGUCGAACAAGUCUUUUCCGGCUUAUACGGCUGGAACGCCUCGCAAGCUGGGUAUUUACAGGCGGCCAUUGUGAUCGGCGAACUUGUUGGAUGGACAGGAGUUCUCCUUUCAGCAAAGUUGUACUUUGGGUCGGCGUCACGAAACACGGAAUCUCCAGGGACACCAAUCCCCGAGGCACGAUUGUAUGUUAGCGUUUUUGGAAGCUUUGUGGGCGUCGCAGGUGGUAUGUUUGUUUACGGAUGGACGUCAUUCCCCUCGGUUCCUUGGAUUGCACCGGCCAUUGGGUUGGCCAUGGUGGGAGCCGGAAUUGACGUGGUGGUACUGGCCAUCGCCGACUAUGUCAUCGACGCUUAUGCCAGAUACGCUGGCAGUGCUGUCGCUGCGGUGGUCUUGGGAGAGAACCUGUUUUCGGCCUUCCUUCCGCUUGCCGCCCAGCCGAUGUACUCGAACUUGGAUUUCAGGUGGGCAAGUAGCCUGUUGGGAUUCCUGGCCCUGGGGCUCUCAUUCGCGCCGGUGUGCAUUCUGAUAUGGGGACGGCAGCUCAGAGCACGCAGCCCCUUUAUGAAGGAGGCGGUGGUUGAGAAAAGAGUGGAUUCAGACUCUUCAAUAGGUGAAGUCUGAAAUUUAUAGCUAAUUUCCUUGAUCUUGCUGUUCCCCAGGAGCAUCUCGGCUUCAAUGCAGCCUCGUUCGGAGCCGGACGAGGUCCGAGCUGAUCACGUGUCGCAUGAACGCGGGUACCUAUAUCAUGUCCGAACCG